CACCCACAGGCAGGAAGUGUUCUGAGCAGUGAGCUUUCAUAAGAUGCAAUUUGUCCUGGCUGUGUACAGUACAGUCUGCAGGGAAGUGCUGUUACAGUUUAAGAAUCUGCCAAAUACAUUUAACGCUUCUACUUCUAUAAAAAGAAUGGGGAAUUCCAGCUCUACAAACUCUGAUGCAUUAAAAAUGGUUGAGGAGGCCGUCUCACAGAACUGUGUAGUGAUUUUCUCUAAGACCUCAUGUCCGUACUGUAAGAUGGCAAAAGAUGCGUUCAGAGAAAUAAAUGUUGAUUUUAAAACCGUUGAGCUUGAUGAAGAAGAACAUGGAAGUGAGAUGCAGGCUGCCCUUCAUCAGCUGACUGGUGCCAGAACCGUCCCUCGUGUGUUUGUCAACGGCACCUGUAUUGGUGGCGGAAGCGAAACCCGCAAGCUGAAUCAAGACGGGAAGUUAUUGAAACUUGUCCAGCAAUGUAAGCUCAGUGCCAGGCGGAGCUAAACGCUGGAAUCCUUCACUGAUCUACCUCAACAUUGUUUACGAAGAAAAUUUAUUUAAGAAUUCUUAAUGGGAUUAACCUUUUUAACUUCUUUUUUUUCCGUUGCAUCUAAACGUUUUUAUGACUGAUACAAAGUUACAAAUAUUACCAGUAUGUAUUAAUAGUGUUCUAUGCUACUCAAGUAUAGAUAUUUAAUAAAAAAUGUUGCAUGUUCGGUGGGUAUAACACACACUUUGUCAGAAACCUCUCUGAUAAAUCAUGUGCUAUAAAUGCGUAACAGUUGACCUUUGGGACAUUGUAUUAUCAGUUUUUUAAUUUUAACGCUGUACUGAUUGUGGUUUAAGCAGCCAUAUAAUUAUUUUGUAUCUGUGAUGAACAUAAAAUUGUGCCUGUAUUGCAGUCCCUUUUUUUUUAUAUAUAUAUAUAUAUAUAUAUAUAUAUAUUUUCCUAAAUCGAAUAAAGUUAUUUAGUAAUUUUA